UGUAUGAAUGUAUUACUAGUAGUAUUCAUACACACAAUGUAUUUGACGGAACACUCAUCACAACAACAAUAAUAUUAAUACUAAUAAUAAUUGUUUACACAAUUAGUAAACAAAACAAUUGUCACAACAAAUGAAUGUUUGAUUAGUUUUUUGUGAUUUUGUGUAUCAAUUGAUUGCACCACUGUUUCGGCCACUAAACCUACCACCACUUGAUUGCAGACACAGAGAGAGAGGGAGAGAGAGAGGCAGUCAAUCCCGUCAGUCAAUGCAAUGCAUAGCUAACAGUCAGUCAAACAGUGAGAGAGAGAGAGAGAGGAGAGGAUAGUGUGAGUGUGUGUCUGUAUGUGAUUAACAAUACAUCACAUCCAACACAUCCAUACCAUCAUCAUCUGCAUCAUCAACAACAACAACAGUGACCAUCAAAUUGUUAUCAAUUAUCUGCGCGAAACCGGUAAAUAAUCGUGUCGGCUGACGAAGCACUGGCGGCCACCACUCAGGGCGAGAUCCGGGUGGGCCCGAGCCAUCAGGCCAGGCUGCCUGACUGUAAACUGGAUAUUAUGCCCAAAGAGAUGCCCGAAAAGUGCGAGACUCUCGAAGAGCUACGAUGGGCGCCGGGAGUGGCCGACUGCGAUCUAAUGAUGUACUUGAGAGCUGCCAGAAGUAUGGCCGCUUUUGCCGGCAUGUGCGACGGCGGCUCGGCCGAGGACGGCUGUGUGGCCGCAUCCAGAGAUGACACUACUAUCAAUGCACUUGAAUUGCUUCACGAAAGCAACUACGAUACGGGAAAGGCAUUACAGGCAUUGGUCAAGAAUCCCAUUCCCAAACCGUUGGACAAAAAGUGGUCGGAAGAGGAACAGAAACGAUUUGUCAAUGGAUUGAGAAAAUACGGCAAAAACUUCUUCAAAAUACGACGGGAUAUGUUGGCUCAUAAAGAGACGGCCGAUUUAGUCGAGUUCUACUACUUGUGGAAAAAGACACCGCAAGCGGCUACCACUCGCCCGCAUCGGCGACACCGACGCCAAUGUGUUCUCCGACGAGUGCGUACGUCAUCGUCGACCGGCAACGCCAACAACAAGACUAAUCUGAAUGUUACGCAAAACAAUAACGACUAUAUGGACGACGAAAGCGGCAGCGACGACGAAGAAUCCGAUGACUCCGACUCGAUAACUGUCGGCCAUAUGUGUAGCAAUUGUUUGGCGACGGCAUCGAAGGAGUGGCACAACACCAACACUAACCCAGUCGUCGUCAGCGCCGGCAAAGAGAAUACUAUGCUAUGCAACGAAUGCAAGAUUUAUCAGAAGAAGUUCGGCGAACUGCCAAAACCGCAGACACCACUACCGCAACCACAACAACAACAAACGCCAACAACACCAUUGAAUGUCGCCAAUCAAACGCAAACACCACAAUCCCUACCGUCGCCGACAGCGACAGCACAACAAUCGGUGCAAUUUUUGUUCAAACCUGUCAAAAAUGAAGAUGAAGUGCUCAGCGGCGGAGGUGCUGUUAGUGCACACGGAGGUGCCGGCUCUCCCAUCACUAAUGGCAAACAUACUAUGAGGACUCGCGGCAGCAAAAACAAGAACAGCAGCGGCGGUGUCGGCAAAGAUUUGCUAAGAAAUAAUAGCUCAAAGUCUUCGGAACCGAACAGUCCAGAGUCGAGAGUUGUUGACUCUGCCAUUAUUGGCAAAUGUGACGAUAAAAAUAAUAAUAGUGACACCAAUGAUAGUGUCGGCGGCAAAAAGAGGACAUUGUCCGAAAUGACCGAAUCAGAUGAAAUGGACGGCGAUAUGACCGCCAAACAGCAGCGCAAAGCAGCCGCCAGUACUACUAGUGGUGACGACAAUCUUCAGGAAGCCGUUACCACAGAUGUUAGUACCGAUAAUCAAACGGUUAGCUCGAACGAUGAUAACAGCAGCAACAGUGCUAACAAUUCAACUGACGAUCAGAAUGUGGAUAAUAUGAGUUUAUCGCCAAAAUCGCCAUCGAAUCCAGUGUCUGUUAAAGUUGAAGAAAAAGAUAACAAUAAAAUUGUUGACAAUAACAACAACAACAGUAACGAUAAUAGCAACAGCAAUGACAAAGUUGCUGAUUGUAUUGCUCAACCAUUGUCAGCAACACCGUUAUUACUACUACCACCAACUGCUGGAGCACCAGCUACUACAGCUGCUGCUAUUGUUGGUGGUGGUGGUGAUGAUGAGGAUGAUAGUGGCGACGGUGGUGUUCAGCACAAAGAAAUCGAAGAUAACAAAUCAAACAUUAAGCUAAUCGGCGAAACAACAGCUAUCGACAAGACAACUACAACAACAACUAGUGUCGACAAACUGCCUGUACAUCGAACCGAAAGUCCUCCUCCAUCUGCGGCGGCGACAUUGGAAUCAAAAUCAUUGGCAGAUCAACCGCAACAGCUGAUAACACCGAAACUAGAGCCGCCGUCAUCACCCAAAUCGCCCAACUAUUCCAUAUCAUCGUUGACUUCGCUACAUCCGAGCGGUUCGCUGUCGUCUACCAAUCAAAAACCGCUGACGACGGCGACGAUGACAUCUCCGCUAAUGAAGAUCAAAGAGGAGAUCAUGCCGUUUGCCAAAUCGCCGCCGCAGAUCAUGAAUCCGAUUGUCAGCGAACCAUCGGACCGAAUGCACGGAGUAGUCGACCAUAUGUUUCCAUUUAUCGGAAGCCAAUCGAUGGGUCCUAUGCAUCAUCAUUCGCGGUCGUCGCAGAUGAUUAGUUCGCCAAUGAAUCGAAUGGCAGAAAUUUCAUCGAAUGAGAUCAACAAAGAGUCGUCGUCGUCAUCGUCGAUGGCGUCUAUGACCAGUAGUCAUCAUUCGACCAGAGAUGACAAUAGUUACCACUCAUCAUCACAUCAUCAUCAUCACCAUCACAAGUCAUCACACAAAGAAAGGACACCGUCAUCGUCGCCAUUGAAACAUUCGUCAUCAUUCUCACCAUUGAUUAGUUCCGCUGCUUCUGAUUUACCGAAUUUUACAGCAAAUUCUUCAACAACUACGACAACAACAACAGCUGCAGCAAUGUCUUCCCUGCAGACAUCAUCUGCAUCUUCGGAGCCAUUAUUCCACAACUCAUAUCUGAUGGCACAAAGUGAACAACGAUUACCGCCCGUGACGGCCUCGCAGCCGAUGCCAGCGAAUCAUUUUAUGGGUAUUCCCGGUCAGCCGGGGCUCGCGUCUCAACUGUCGCCGCAUCUUUUGCCGCCGUCGAUGCAUCCGAUGGCUGGCAUACCAGGAAUGUCGCCCUAUUUUCCGACAUCUUGGUCACCGUACGGUGCACGGGGUGUUCCGUCGCCGUUUGGCUUUGCCGGCUCACCAUUUCAUCCGCAACUUAUGGCUCCGGGCGGCCAAAUGCCUGGACAGCAUUCGCAUCAUACGCAUAGCAUGCGUGAAAUGACUGUUUCGAAAUCAGUGAAAUCGCCGAUAACAUCGCAGGCCAGUCGCGUAUCGCACUCGCCAUCUCAGUACACGCCGGUUCCGUCGAAUAUGUCGAAACACGACAUGAAUGCACAUCACGGCCUCGGCGGCGCUAGUGGAGGUGGUGGUGGUGGCGGCCGAGAUCGAGACAUGGACCGACACGACAACAGACACCACAGAGGAGAACGCGACCAUUCGCAUGAAGACGAGGAAGUAGAGGCCACUACUCCGAUGAUAUCGCGAGGACCGAGUCCCGAACCUAAGAUUGAGGACAGCGAAUGCCAUAGAAGUCAAUCGGCAAUAUUUUUGCGUCACUGGAAUCGCGGCGAUUAUAAUUCAUGUGCCCGAACUGACCUGACCUUCAAACCGGUACCCGACUCGUCGCUGGCCAGAAAACGUGAGGAAAGAGCCAGAAAAGCGGCCGAAAAGGAAAGAGAGGAACAAAAGAAAUUGGCGGCAGAAAAGGCCUUAUCACUCGAAAUGAAGUCCGGAAUGGGCGGCCAUUCAGGUCUCGACAAUACACAUAUGAGUCCGCUCGGCCGACACACUCCGCGAAACUAUACGGACACACCGGCGCUGCGGCAACUGAGCGAAUACGCCCGACCGCACGCUGCCUUCUCACCAGUAUUUCCUCAUCCAUCGCACGGCCUAAUGGGCUCAACGCCGAAUCCUCUGGCCAUGCACUCGGCCGGCGGCGGACCGCCCGGUAUGGAUCCGAUACUGCAGUAUCAAAUUGCUUCGGGACUUUAUGGCAAUUCUCGAGAGCGUAUGGAAGCCGAAGAACGGGAGAAACGCGAAAGGAUUUUGAUUGAAAAACAACGAGAAAUCAAAGAGAUGGAAAUGAAGUCGCGAAUGGCCUCACAGGGCUCGGCAACGCCAAUACCGUCGGCCAGUAAUCUACUGGAACCACAUUGGCUGGAAUUGCAGCGCCGAUACGGCUCUCAACUUUCCAAUAUUCCGACAUCGCAAGCACAGGGAGGUGGCUCUCCAUUUGUAUUCUAUCCUCCAGGCGACGGCCGACCGACUGCCGAACAAUUGAAUGCACUGUCGGCAUCCGACCGUAUGCAAGCCGAUCGUCUGGCUCUGGCCAGUGCCGACCCACUCUAUCGAUUGCAAAUGGCCGGACUGAGCCAGGAGCUGCAUUCGCACGCUCACAAUCACGCUCACGCACAUCAACAUACUCACCUUCACGUACAUCCCGGUGGUCAUCCCGAUCCGGUGUCGGCAGCCGCAGCCAUUGGUCAUCCGCAGUCACAGUACGAUCCGCAAAUACACGGCAAUCAUCCUCUAAUGCCCCAGAGCUCAACAUUCCCAUCCCGUCCGCCCAGUAUUUUGCAACAGCGAAAUGAAAUGCAAUCGUCGGCCGCGGCCGCUAUGUUUAGGCCUUCAUCGUUUGACGAACAACUAGUGGCCCAUCAGCUAUCGGCACAGGCACUACAUCACGAACAGCUCCAGAGGCAGCUAAUCAUGGAAAGGGAACGUAUGGUUGCCGAACACUUGCGCGCGGCAGCAGUUGCCGGCUCGCAGAUGGCCGGACACCCGCACGUCUCACAACUGGCCCAACUGGAGGCCGACUUUUUAAGACAACAACAACGCGAACGUGAAAUGAAAUUGCGAUCACUAGAGGAGGCGGCCAGAGGUGGUCGACCGCCUCUAACUUAAAAUGAUAGAAAUAUAUAUAUAUAU